GAGAAGGUGUAAACGUCGCCGAUUAAACUAGAAAACCCUAAUCACUCCGGCUUCAGCUCUCUCUGUGUAAUAAUGGCGGCGGAGAGAUCGUCCAUCACUCUCGGAGGGAAAGGUUCUUCUUUCACUUCUUCCUCCGUUUACAAGGUUGCUUCCGGCGUCGCUAAUGUACGAAUUGACUCUUCUGCGAUCGAGAGAUUCUCCACUAGAAACCUUCCAUCGAUCAAAAGAAGCUCCUUUGGUAUCCCUCAAGGUUUAACGAACGAAGAAACUCGAGCUUCUUUGGCUGUUCUCUUAAACAAGCUUAUUUUGUCGACUUCUGGUCCUCCUUCUUCCUCCACCGCUCGUUCUGUUCUUCCGCUUAAGAUUUUAGAGAUUCUGAAUUCGAAGGCUCAGAGUUUGGAUUUGGGUGAGAUUGAUGUGACUGAAGGGGAAAACAUUGUGUUGGAGAAGUCUUCUGCUCCGUUGAUUGGACUCUGUUCUAUUAUAGAUCACAAAUCGACGACUCUUUCCCAGAUUGUGGAUUCUGUUGCUGCUUUGAGUUGUGAGGUUACAAAGGCUGAUAUAGCUUCGUUUAGCUUGUUGGAUUCUGGAGAUGGGAAUAGUGAUAAAGAUGUGAUUGGUGUUGCUGGUGAUCUCAAGGUUUUGCUUAACGGGUAUAAAGGUGUAGGGAAGUUAGAAAUCGAAGAGAUUUCGAAAAUCCCUUGGAUUCAUGGGAAAUUCAGGUAUGUGGUGAAAAGUGUGCAUUCUGAUGCUAGGAGAGAAUUGAAUUCCGGUGUUAAAGGAGGCAAAACUGGGUCUGGAAACACUGGUAUUGGUGAGGCUUUAGGGACAACAUUGUUACCUUUGUUAACGGCGAUUAAAAACUUGGGUGUGUGUUCGUUCCUUCGUGCUAAGCUUUGUUUCGAGAAGAUUGGGAAUGAGAAUCUGAAGAAUUGUUUGUCUGAAGUGUUCGAAAAUAGCUAUGUUGAGUUUGAGAAACUAAAGAAUAGCUAUAAGUUAGCUUAUACUGCUCAUUUGGAAGAGGAUUACUGCAAAUUUGCUCACGAACUGAAUGAGUCUCUGGGUAUUGUAUGGAGAAUUGUUGGUUUGGAGGCAGUUACUGCGUUUUUUCCUCUUGCUGGUGGAGAAUUGUUUGUUCAGAAGAGCGGAGAUGCGGACAAAGAAGAGUCGAAGAACGAUAAGAAAAAAAAGAAGAAUGAGAAAAAAACAGUUGUGGGGAAGGGGACAAGUGUAGUUAUCCAGUUUAUCAAAGAUAGAUUGGUGAGUAAUGAGGCAGCAAGUGAUGGUGACCAGAUGCAUUCAUUGAAGCAAAUCAAGCAAUGGGUGGAGCAAAUCUUAAAUCUUUUCAACCCCGAGGGUCGUGGUUUUGAUAGCUUCUUGGAUAAAGUGAAAGAGAUUGUAGAAAGUAAUGAAAACAGGAGACUUCCCAAGCUUCCAAAGGGAACUCGAGAUUUCGCUAAAGAACAAAUGGCAGUCCGAGAAAAAGCCUUUUCAAUCAUACAAAACGUUUUCAAGAGGCACGGUGCAACUGCACUUGAUACUCCUGUUUUUGAAUUGAGAGAGACCCUUAUGGGAAAGUACGGAGAAGACUCAAAAUUGGUUUAUGAUAUUGCUGAUCAGGGUGGAGAGCUUUGCUCUUUACGAUAUGAUUUAACUGUUCCAUUUGCACGGUAUGUGGCUAUGAAUGGAAUCACAUCAUUCAAAAGAUACCAAAUAGCAAAGGUGUACAGAAGGGAUAAUCCAUCUAAAGGGAGAUACAGAGAGUUUUAUCAGUGUGAUUUUGAUAUCGCUGGUUUGUUCGAACCAAUGGGACCCGAUUUUGAAAUUGUCAAGAUAUUAACUGAACUCCUCGAUGAAUUGGAGAUUGGAGAUUAUGAGGUGAAACUGAAUCACCGCAAGUUGCUUGAUGGAAUGCUAGAGAUAUGUGGAGUACCACCUGAGAAAUUCAGGACCAUCUGUUCGAGUAUCGACAAGUUAGACAAGCAGUCGUUUGAGCAAGUGAAGAAAGAAAUGGUGGAGGAGAAGGGCUUGUCUUCAGAGAUUGCAGACAGAAUUGGCAACUUUGUUAAGGAGAAGGGAGCUCCUUUGGAGCUAUUGUCUAAACUGAGACAAGAAGGGAGUGAGUUCUUAGAUAACCAGUCAUCAAGAGAAGCUCUGGAUGAGUUGAGUAUCAUGUUUGAAGCUCUUGAAAGAUCAAAGUGCAGUCACAGAAUAGUCUUUGAUCUAAGUCUAGCUAGAGGUCUUGAUUACUACACGGGCGUCAUCUUUGAAGCUGUUUGUAUAGGAGCAGAGGUGGGAUCAAUUGGUGCUGGUGGGCGAUACGAUAACCUUAUAGGAAUGUUUGGAACAAAGCAAGUCCCUGCGGUUGGGAUGAGCCUGGGAAUCGAGAGAGUGUUUAACAUAAUGGAAGAGCUUAACGAGAAACAGAAACAAGUGAUUCGACCAACGGAGACACAGGUUUUGGUUAGUAUAAUGGUGGAUAAUAAACUAGCGGAAGCAGCAGGACUGGUAAGUCAGUUAUGGGAUGCUAAGAUCAACGCAGAGUAUCUAGUGAGUAAGAGGAAGGAAAAGCAUUUCAAUCGAGCAAAGGAAUCAGGGAUUCCUUGGAUGGUGAUGGUAGGAGAAAAGGAACUCAGUGGAGGUUUUGUGACAUUGAAGAAGCUCGAGAAGGGAAGUGAAGAGAAAGAAGAUCAAACAUGUUCUAGAGAUAGUUUCGUGGGAGAAUUGUUGAAACUACUGAGUUGUUGAAAAGAGAUGAAAGGUACACACUCGCUCCCUGGUUCGAUGCCCAGAAAAAAGGAAUCAUACUGUGUUUUGCAUUUUUUUACUCUUUUUUUUUGUGUCGUAUGUUUGAUAUUGGUGUUUUGAAUCUGAUGGGAAAAGCAUGACUUGUGAUGAUAAGAACUUAUUAGAGAUUUUGAUGUUGAUGAGGUUUUUCGUAUUUGAAUAUUUAGAGUAGAUGAAUUUUGAUUGAUGAUGUGAGAUCA